GAUUAAGUACACUUAAACAGGACUUCCCUCUGCGAAAAAAGAUGGAAAUAGCGCGACUUUCAUUAUAGGAGUUCCAGUUUCUCCGAGGUGCCGUAUACGUCGUUAGGAGAGCAGGAGACGUUGAAGGAGUUUUGUUUCUGGGACGUUGCUGGAUUUUAGGUUGUGGGGUGACAUUCUGCAUCUUGUCUUCCAGCUCGCACGGAGCAAUGAUGAUGAUGAUGAUGAUGAUGAUGAUGAUGAUGAUGAGUCUCCUGCUGGCAUCAAACCUACAACCUUCCAGUCGCAACACGGUGUCUCCAGCCAAUAGACACCGAGUCCUCCCACACUGAGUCCUCCCUCUAAAACAACCUGUUUUCACAUUCACACUAUGGAUAAAAGAACAUUUCACCACGCGUGAAUUCAUCGUAUAACUUCAUAACUUUUGUACCGAUGACGGCAGGUUAACCCUGUACGAUUAGUGUCAUGACUUUAUUCAUCUUUAAAAGCCCUCAGUUUAUAUGUUCCGAGGCUUUUCGUCCUUUUUGACACGUCUUUACUAGGAUUUAAGGCACUUAAAAGAGUUUAAGCCUAAAUCUCGCCGGCUCUCAUGGGACUGAGGCAUUCGUCGCGGUGUUUGCUGCUACGGCGGAAGAUGGCGGAGGCGGACAGCUCGGAGCGGCAACAGCCUGUCAGGUCCCCGCUUUCCCAGUCUGCACAGCCCUCCCCUCUGCCGAAACCAGUGCCUACAACCCAUCAUGUGCCCUGCAUUCCUCACACGCCUCAUGUAGCAGCGCUCGCCACCUGUCCUGGACGAGGCAAGAUUGCCAAGUUCAUAAGCCCGGAGGAAAUGACAUCAAGGGACUACUACUUUGACUCCUAUGCCCACUUUGGCAUCCACGAGGAGAUGCUGAAAGACGAGGUGCGGACGCUGACCUACCGCAACGCCAUGUACCACAACAAGCAUGUGUUCAAGGAUAAGAUCGUCCUGGAUGUUGGCAGUGGCACAGGGAUCCUCUCUAUGUUUGCUGCCAACGCCGGUGCCAAACACGUGUACGGGAUCGAAUGCUCAAGCAUAUCUGAAUAUUCAGAGAAGAUUAUCAAGUCCAAUCACCUACACAACGUCAUUACCAUCUUCAAGGGCAAGGUGGAGGAGGUGGAGCUCCCCGUGGAGAAGGUGGACAUCAUCGUCUCCGAGUGGAUGGGUUACUGUCUCUUCUACGAGUCUAUGCUCAACACCGUCAUUUUCGCCAGGGACAAGUGGCUGCCCGGAGGCCUGAUGUUCCCAGACCGAGCAGCUCUCUAUGUGGUGGCCAUUGAAGACAGGCAGUAUAAGGAUUUCAAGAUUCAUUGGUGGGAAAACGUAUAUGGGUUCGACAUGAGCUGCAUUCGCAACGUGGCCAUCAAAGAACCUCUGGUGGAUGUGGUUGAUCCAAAGCAGGUGGUGACUAACGCCUGUCUCAUAAAGGAGGUGGACAUCUACACUGUGAAGCCAGAGGACCUGUCCUUCACCUCGGCUUUCUGUCUGCAGAUCCAGCGCAACGAUUACGUUCACGCUUUGGUCACUUAUUUCAAUAUGGAGUUCACCAAAUGUCACAAAAAGACAGGCUUCUCCACCGCUCCAGAUGCUCCCAGCACACACUGGAAGCAGACUGUGUUUUAUUUAGAGGACUACUUAACUGUCAAGAAAGGAGAAGAGAUCUUUGGCAGUAUCACCGUUAGACCCAAUGAAAAAAACGUGCGCGACCUGGAGUUCACCCUUGAGCUAGAUUUUAAAGGACAACUAUGUGAAGCUGCCAUUUCUCACGACUAUAAAAUGCGCUAGCAGCAAGCAAAGGCAACGGCGCAGAUCCGCCUCGAGACCCCCCCGGACACAACUGGAGGACGAAGGCCGUCCAGGAAGAGGUCCAGCUGAUCAGGGUGGGAAGCAAAUGGGUGUCUUACUGGAUGGCGUCAAGUCUCCAUCGAAGUGAAGCAAUCAGAAUGAGCAUCACAGAUAGCCCCGGUCAGAAGUUUACAUACGGCCAUUAUGGAUACAGAUCAUACGUUUGAAUGAUCUAAAAUGUCUGGGUCUAUGCAAGAAAAACAGCAAAUGAAAGCUGGGCCUACUCUUUAGGAUAAGAAAAUUGUUUACAUAUUCAGACAAAAUGAUGCCACAAGCUUGUCGAUGUUUACAAUAAUGUCGUUGUUGUUUCUCUGCAACUUGUGACGACACGUGUAUCCAAAUGCUGGAUAUGUAUUUGAACCUGCAUGUAUAAUUUUGACCCAGCGUGGAUUAUCGGUAAGCGAAAUCCACGCUAAACUUGCGGACCAAAUUUUUAUUGUUUAAAAAUGACAAAAAUUUUGAUGUAGCUAUGACAACACAACCUGUACGAAGAUCAGUUCACAUAAUUUUUUAAAAGCACCAAAUGAAAAUGACAUUAAUCCGAAAGAUACGCAUAUGUAAACUUCUGACAGGAAUCGUAAAAAUAACUGCAACCCCAUUGUUGAACGUAACACAAUACAAAAACAUCACUUUCUCCUCAUUCUUAAGAGGUUCUUUGAUUUUUUUUUUUAUGAGACAAAAAGCUUUGGAAUGAUUAUUUACUGUGUGCAAAUUGGAAACGUCAAACGUGAUUUUAGAAUCUAACAGAAUCUUACCGCGUAAAUCAGUCUCUAGGUUUACUGAUCACAUCUGUGGUUUCAAAUAAUAAUAAAAGCAAGUAAUUUAAACUCAAAGCAAAUGUUUACAUUAAGAUUCAUGGAUUGUAGCAAUGACUGGGAAAUUAUGUACUUAUUGGCCCAUUAUCCUCAAGUCAACAUUACCACAUAUUUUGUUAAUUAAAAACUAACAUGAGAUGUUGCAUUGUCAAAAUAAUAAUGUCAAAUUGAACGUAAGACUAAAACUGGAAAAAUAAGUAAAAUACAGAAAUUUGUGCCUGGGUAGAAAAUUUACCCUUUUUUAAAAAAUUAUUUUUAUUAUUUCAUAACCAAAGGUGUGAUUUGUAAACUAGGAGACUGGAUUUGCAUGGGACUUCACAGGCAGACUCUGUUGUUGCGUUGUAUAGAAAGUAAGGUGAGUCAUCAUUCCCUGUUGGCAUCAUGUGGUUUUUGGGUUUUGGACUGAGGGGUGACAGGGGUGGGGAGCAGGCGUUGGGUAUCAAUUCCAGAGAUAUAGAAAAUGUUGCUUCACAUAUUUCUUUUAUUGACACCAACACAGAACAAAAUGUGUUUAGGCUUCAGAAAAAAAGCAGGAAAACGUCUAAGACAACAAAGAAACACUGAUGCAAUAUGUCUUAGGUCGUUCUUUUGAAAUUGGGAAGACCUACGAAAAUUUAAAAAGACACAAAGUUGGAUGUGAUGAUGAAUAAAAUGUGAAAUAAC